GGAUGAUUAUCGCUUGUUGGCAGUGUGCCAGUUAUUACAGUUAGUGUAGUACCAGACAGUACGCUCGAAGUGCGUGAGAAAGUUCUCGAUAAACCCUAACCCUAGUCUAGGUGCAACACCAAAACGCGCACUACGCCUUCCAAGCCACUGACGAGUCACGUCGAUAUCGAAUGGUUCAAUCUGGGUACAAUCAAUUCACCAAUCCUGGCUAAGAUCUUUCCAUUCAGAGCGUGCGUUAUCGCGAAUCCAUCGUGCGGAGUUGGACCGUCUUCGAUAAGAACCGCCCUGCUUACAAGAUCGAGACCCUUCAAUACUACCACUGGCAGCUCCCAGUCUUGCGACGGUGCCCAAACCAACAGUAUGCCUAAAGCUCAGAAAACAGCAUAUUAUGCCGUGCGCAAAGGACGUACGCCGGGGAUCUACCCAACAUGUUCGCCUUCUUUAAGACUGCCCUCGUCUGCGGUAUCGCCUGCUGCCAUAAGUCCACCGCGGAGCGUGGCGGCAACAUCGUCGAAAUUCCGCCCUUCGGCUGCUAUCGUUGCGAAUGACAAAGAAGACGAGUCUGGCUACGACGUUGUCUAUUCUGACGGUGCGUGUAAAGGAAACGGACAAGUUGGCUCGGUUGCGGGUGUGGGUGUGUGGUGGGGCUGGAACGAUACCAGAAAUAUCGCCGAACGAUGUCCUGGAGAUCAAACAAAUAAUAGGGCGGAACUCAUUGCAAGUUGUACUCCAUAUGCAAUUGUUCGGGUAUUGGAGACCGCACCAUUCUCCCAGCGUCCGCUCAUGAUAAAGACAGACUCAAAGUAUUCAAUCCAAUGCUUUGAAUCCUGGUUGCCAAGGUGGAAUGCAAACGGCUUUCGAACGGCCAGCGGCCAAUCCGUCAAGAACGCUGAACUGAUCAGAUACUUGGCGGCAUUGCUAUAUGCCCGGGAAAGGGCAGGACCAAAAGUCAUUUUCAAGCAUGUCAGAGGUCAUGUUGGAAUCGAGGGCAACGAGUGCGCUGACCGAUUAGCUAACGACGGUGCUCUAAAACCAGAGCUGCCUGAGCGGGAUUGGGAGCAGCUAAUCCGCGACUUAGAAAAGAAGCCAAUACCAUCGAAGACGAUACCCGAGCCAGUCAAGUCGGACACAUCUAUGUCGCGACAGGCCACUAGUGGCUCUUCUAGCAGGCUUCCCCAGCCAUCCAUAGCAACGCGUGUUGCAUUUCCUCCAAGGGAACCUACACCCAAACCAGGGUCCAUCAGUCAAGCAGAAUUAGACGCAUAUGCAAGCUGCCUUCUCGAGACAGAUGACUUGGAAUCAGAUUUUUAGGCUCUUAACCUCGGAGCUCCUCGGUGUUUGUCUUAUGCCCGUGACACGAGAUUAGUUCUAUGUAGAACUUCUACCGCCUGACCAUAAUUUAGACAUGUGAUAUACUACCCGUGUGUAGUCAUUGGUCUACGAAUAAACAUAUUCUCGAGGACGUUGACCGCU